GGCGAUUUGACGGAAUCUUCGUUUCUUCCUCCGCCGUUAUUUGUAAUCUCACCAAUUUCUGAAAUUGAGCCCUUAAUUAUAUGCAUCUACUCGAAACCCUAAUCUUAAUUUCUACUAUAUAUAAAUAUUAUUAUGCCUUUUUAUUUUAUUUAAAGGUCAAGUUUUGAUUUUUUAUUUUUCACUUUCAAGAUUUACAAAAAAGUUAGCCUCUUUCAUUUAUCCGAGAUCUGAAGCAAACGGGAACGAAUCCACCGACUGAUUUGAGAUCUUGGUACUGUUCAAUUGCUGCUGGAUGCGGAUCUAGAUAUGUAGACAUGGUGCUGCACGAAAUCGGACUUUCACCGUUUCACAUCGUUUACUGUCAAUAGAUUUCUUGAAAGCUUGCAAGAUUCGAGCUUUUGGGGAUGGAAUCUAACAUAGAAGAAGCUCUUAGAGCGAAAGAGAGCGCGGAGAAGCUAUUUGCGAUAAAAGACUUCACAGGUGCAAAGCAGUAUGCUUUGAAGGCUCAAGCGGUUUGCCCGCAGCUAGAGGGCAUUUCUCAGAUGGUGGCUACGUUUGAAAUCUAUGCCGCCACUGAGACAAAGAUAAACGGUGAAAUUGAUUUGUAUUCAGUUCUUGGAUUAGGCCCAUCAGCUGAUAAAUCUGUACUGAAGAAACAGUACAAAAAGAUGGCAGUGCUUCUUCAUCCUGAUAAGAACAAAACGAAGGGCGCUGAUGAGGCCUUUAAGCUCGUUUCUGAAGCGUGGAGUGUGUUAUCAGAUAGCACAAAACGGAACUCUUAUGAUAUCAGGAGAAAUAAGCAUUUAUCAGCUACUGUUGCCCAAUCGAACUUAUCUUCGGUUUAUGGAACGACUGGUGUUCCAGGUUUCGACAGUUCUUCCAAGAAUCCAGCAUCUGUCAGUAGACUCGACACUUUCUGGACUGUGUGCACAUCUUGUCGUGUUCAGUAUGAAUAUCUUCGGAAAUAUGUGAAUAAGAGACUUUCUUGCAAGAACUGUCGUGGGGUUUUUGUAGCGGUUGAAACAGGAGCGGCUCCUGUGACUUAUUGUCCAUGGUCGUAUACGGCUGAGAAUGGAUACGCAAAUCAUUCAUAUGCUCCUGCUACUUAUAUACCGAACUCGUCGGUAUGUUUCACGGGCAAUGGUUCUUCUGCUUUUCACUCUGCACAUGGAUCCGAGUACGCGAGUAAUGUAUCCUUCCAGUGGAAUACUUCACCCGGCGCUUCGACAGGUGUUUCCGAUCCUAAUCUUGUUCAUAAAUCCAAUGGAAACACGAGUAGAGCAAAAGCCUACGCGAAACACCAGAUCAGAAAUUCUUCGGCUAAUACGGGCACCAGUGAAAUCCCUGCUGUUCGACUUGGUAGGCCUCCUAAAAAGAGAAAGAUCGAAGGGGCGGAAGGACCUCAAAAUCCAAAUGGGGAAAUGUUAUUCAGAACAGACCCUGAAAUGGUGGUUACUAACGGAAAUAUUAUCAGCGAAACGACUUCCAGAUGGUAUCCCGUUGCCCCUGCUUUUGAUGCAAGAAAGUUAUUGAUUGACAAAGCUAGAUCAGUGAUUCGAUUUAAGUUAGAAGAGAUGAAGUUAGCUUCAAAGAACGGGAAAACGCUGAAGAAAAGUAAUUCUAUGCCAAUAACUGUUCCUGACCCAGAUUUCCAUGAUUUUGACAUGGAUAGAUCGGAGGAAGUAUUCAAACCGAAGCAAAUAUGGGCGAUAUAUGAUGAAGAAGAUGGGAUGCCUCGCCUUUACUGUCUAAUUCGCCAGGUUAUCUCUGUGAAACCGUUUCAGCUCUACAUUAGUUACUUGAACUCAAAAACCGACACUGAAUUUGGUGCUGUAAAAUGGAUAGAAUCCGGUUUCACUAAAUCCUGUGGAAGUUUCAGGGUUUUCCAUUCUGAUAUUGUUGAUUCAGUCAACAUCUUUUCUCAUCUUUUGGGACGAGAAAAGGCCGGUAGAGGAGGUUGCGUUAAAAUAUACCCAAAAAGAGGCGAUGUAUGGGCUGUGUAUCGUAACUGGUCCGUUAACUGGAAUCGAAAGACACCGAAAGAAGUCAGGCACCAGUAUGAAAUGGUGGAGGUUCUUGAUGAUUAUUCUGAAGAGCUUGGAGUGUGUGUAACUUCACUGAUGAAGUUACAAGGAUACAAAACAGUUUACCAAAGGGACUCGAACAAAAACGCAACUCGGUGGAUUCCGAGAAGAGAAAUGCUACGGUUUUCCCACCAAGUUCCAUCGUGCGUGCUGAGAGGUCAAGCGCUUAAUCUACCAGACGGGUGUUGGGAUCUUGAUCCAGCUGCAACCCCAGAAGAGCUUCUUCGGGCAGCAAUGGAGGCUGAGGACAAUAUUGCAGGUGUUGCCAUGGAGGAUUGAUGUACAAACAACCUAAAGAGAGAAUUGGUGUAAGAAUUUUAGAUAGCUGGAAGGGAUCAUAAGAUUGAUCCACGGCGGUCAAAGCUCAGAGAAUUGUUUUUAGAGAGGGUUACUGUUUACAUGUUGGUUGAGCUAUUUGUACCAUCUUUAAUACUUUCAAGAAUGCAUCUUCUUAACAAUUAAGUUCAUACCAUCUUAAUGCUGCUGCUAUGGCUACCAUUUAUGGUUCUUGAA